AUGAUUAUAGAGUGCAUUGCAUUUUUUAUCAGAAUCACAUAAAAAAUAUUUGAAUUUCUAAGACUAACUCCUUUAAUAGUAUUCAUAAUAAAAAAAAGCUUAUGGUAUGGAUUCUUUUCAAUAUUGGCAUUGGCAAUAAUUUUAAGAGCAUAUUUCUCUUAUAUUCCAUAGAUGAAUUAAAAAGUUCAAAUUCAAUAUCACUUGAUAAAUGGUAAAUAUUAUGGAUUUGUAUUUGAUCCUUCAUUUAAAAAUAUAUGCUAAAUUUCUAAUUCAGACAUUAUUUUAGAAUUUUAGUCUUCUAUGUUGAAAUUCUAAAAGAAUUUUUUAUGUGAAUCUGUUGUAUUUGAAGGUGAAAAUGAGAUUGAAUUUUAAGAGGAAUACUAUGAAAUUCAAUUUAAUAUUGAUGCAAAUUAUUUAAUGCCAAAUUAGAAAACUAUAGUAGAAUUAACUUCAUAUUUAAUAACUGAUGAUAAUAAUAAGAAUUUUAAAUAAUAAAAUCUAAUAAAAUUAGGAGAAUAAUAUCAUUUAGUAAAAUUAAUUAUAUUUUAUAUAGUCCAUAUUUAAAUUUCUUCCAUUUAGGAUUAUAAUUAAAGUGUUUAAGAAAUUAUCUGAAGUUUUAGAUUUGCAUGAUAGUUAUUCUAAAACAGGAGAAAUCAAAUUAUUUAAUCAUAUACCAAAUUAAAAUAUUAAGAUCAAAGCAAUUAUUUUAGAAAUGAUUGCAUAUGAGUAAUUACAUUUAUUUAAUAAGAGCCGCAUAAUUUAGUUCAGAAAUUAAUUUUGUUCCACAUCUGUCUGGUAUACGAUAUUAUCUAUAUUAUUAUUUUUUAUCAACUCUCACUUUAGGAACUAUCUUACUAACAUUGAUUUUCAUAAUAUUCUGGGAAGUAAUUUAAUUAGUAUUUAAAAAAAAUAGAUUGUAUUUAAUGUCAAUCUUUGGGUUUUUAUCUUAGGAAUUAUUAGAUCCAUACUUGUAGCUUUAAGGGAAUGAAGUAUUUGUUGUUUAUAUUAUAAAUGGAUAAUUUUUAUAAAAAAAAAAAGUAAAUUAACGAUUUAAAUGGUGAUCCCUAUUUGACGUAUUAACACAAUUGUUAAUAUUGUUAUUAAUUAUAUCAUUAAUAAAAAAAGAUGGAUUGCUGCUACAUUUUAUGUCCUUGGUGUUAGGUUAGUGUAGGAUUUCUAAAUUGUUGUACUUGUCAUAAGCAAUUUGAUAUGUUAUAAUGUAAUGGUUUACCUGUUGAUUGUCCAAUUUGUGUGAAUGUAAUUAUAAAUGUUAAUUUCAUAAAGACAAGAUUAGAUACCUAUUAUUAAAGUGAUGAAGAUGUUGAAUUGCAUAGAAAUUGUUAUAGGAAUUCAAAAAGAAUGUUUUAUCAUUGUCAGUGUUGCAAUGGUUAUUUCUGCAAGUGUGUGUAAGACAUUUAUAUUAAACUUUUAGUGAAAAACAACUCAAAAAAAAGAUUGUUUUAAAUCCAUGUCCCCUAUUAAAAAGAAAGGCUUAAAAAGUUUGAAA